AUGAGUGAUUGCACCAAGGAAUACAAAUUGUACAAUGCCACCGAAGCGAAAUUGUACAGUGAAACGAAGCCAAAGGUUAGUGUCAAUUCGUUUUCGAUGAUCGAGUUUCUAGUCAAAACCAAAGCUCGAGUUUUAACUGAAGGGAUAUGGGAUUGUUUUGUGGAUUCCGAUAUAGACGAUUCUGACGGUGAUACAGACUGUUCGGAAGAUGAGCCGGUGCAAUCGCCAAUCAAACGUAUACGUAUCGGUAGCGCUGUGCUUACGCCUGACGAGGAACACUUUGUUGAAUCUUGUUCUGAUGAGGAGAUAUUGGAAAACGAAGAAUUAUCGGUGGAAUUGAAUAACAGUGUUGCUCAAAUCGGUGUUGACCAUCAAUGGACGUGGACAGCCAAAUGUGACGUGAAAUGGUGUCGGGGCACUAUCAACAGUCAAAGUUUUCCAUACGAACAAGCGGAGACUGACGAUCCAGUUGAAGAUUAUUUCUCUCCGCUGACGUAUUUUAUGAGAUAUAUUCCGGAAUCGCUGUUCGACGACAUUGUUACUUUUACCAACACAUACGCUGAACAACAACAAACGAAAAAAUGGAGACCUACCAAUAAAAUUGAAAUCAAGCAAUUCUUCGGGCUGCAAGUAAUGAUGGGGAAUUUGAAGUUGCCACGGAUCGAAAUGUUUUACGGGAAGCAUUUCAAAUGUAAAAUGUUCGAAGAGAUUCCAGAGUACCGAUUUUACUUGCUGCGAACGAACCUACAUCUCAUCGAUGUCCAGAAAAUACCGGAAAACUGCACCGACAAAUUUGUUCGAGUUCGUCCACUUAUGGAUUCGGUGAGAAAAAGAUGUUUAGAACUUCCACUCGAAGAGAACCUUGCUAUCGAUGAACAAAUGAUCCCUCUUCGUGGACGAGUCUGUAAAGGCGUCAAACAGUACGUGAAAAACAAGCCAAAGAUCAAAUGGGGAAUCAAAAACCUAGUGCUGUGUGGCAAAAGUGGCCUUGCGUAUGAUUUCAUUUGCUAUCAAGGUUCAUCGACUGAAUUCGAUCCGAAAACUUUGGAGACAUUUGGAUCAGGAGCAACGAUGGUCUUGCAAUUGGCUAAUCGUAUAGACAGACCCGGACACAAACUGUUUUUUGACAAUUAUUUUUCAACAUUUCCUGUAUUCGAAAUUUUGGCACAGAAGAAGGUCUACGCUGCUGGAACUGUAAGAUUAGAUCGAUUUUCAAAGCCACCAUUUUCAUCUGACGCCGAUAUGAAAAAAAAUGGACGAGGAUGCUCGGAAGAGCUAGUGAGCUCUAAUGGGUCAGUGUCCUGUGUCAAAUGGUACGAUAAUAAAUGUGUUGCGCUCGCAUCGAAUUAUGUUGGCGUUGGCCAGGCCGAUACAGCUGUUCGUUUUGACAAGAUUUCGAAACAGAAGAUUUCGAUAAGUCGUCCACAGAUUGUCCGUGACUACAAUCUGAACAUGGGUGGUGUCGAUAAAAUGAACCAAAUGAUUGCCUACUACCGAAUUUUCAUCCGAUCGAAGAAGUGGACAUUGAGGAUGAUUACGCAUUUCAUCGAUUUCGCAGUUGUUCAAUCUCACAUCGAAUAUAAAAUGGACUGCGAAAAAUCAAAUAUUCCGAAAAGACAAGUAAUGGAUUUGCUGGCAUUCCGAAUGCAACUGUCGGACCAACUCGUAUAUUCGCAAUCGAUUACAAAACGAACUGCACGCAUCACACUAGAUGAGGAAAUACCCAAGAAGCAGCUCGAAAAUCUUCAAAAUGCUCUAGUUCUCGAUCUGGGAAUGAGAAAGAGCUAG